AUGAGCAUCCUUGAUGUUGGCUGCGGUCCAGGCUCUAUCACAAUCGACCUGGCACGGAAAGUUCCACAGGGGCAUGUGGUGGGUGUGGAAUAUGUCUCCGAUCCAUUAGAUGGAGCACGGUCGCUUGCUAGCUCUGAAGGAGUGACCAACGUCAAGUUUCAAGUCGGUGACAUACACGAUCUACCGUUUCCUGAAAGCACGUUUGAUAUUGUCCACGCACACCAGGUUCUGCAACAUAUCGCAGAUCCAGUCCAGGCAUUCAAGGAGAUGCGACGUGUUUUAAAGCAGGGAGGCAUCGUGGCAGUACAAGAGUCUAUCGACUCAACAAGAUACCCUGAAUCAGAGGGCCUAAAAGCUUGGAGUGAUCUCCAGGACCGUAUGCGACAGACUAAGGGCAAUAGUCUGAAGGCCGCACCCCCGAUGAACGAGAAUAUUGGGGGGGGUGCAAUGGAACAAAGAGUUCGCUCCUCUGGCCUUGCAGUGACUGCAGUCCACGAAGGGCUUGUCAGCGAAAAAGAUAUACAGCAGAUGGCAGCAGCGUGGAGGGCCUGGGUGGAGAACGAGGAUGGGUGGCUUGGAUUUUUACACGGGCAAAUUCUGUGUUGGAAGUGA